AUGCUCCCCACCCUCCUCAGAGCAACCAUCUCCCCGGGCAGACUCAUCCUCCGCACCAUGUCCACCAGCGCAGAACCCCUAGUCAUCCCCUCCCGCUCAGCUACCAACAACGUCGCCAUCCUCACUCUCAACCGCCCCAAAGCCCUCAACGCUCUCAACACCCCUCUCUUUAAUGAGUUGAACACCGAGUUGACCAAGGCCGAGAAUGAUAAGAGUGUGCGGGCGAUUGUAAUUACUGGGGGUGAUAAGGUGUUUGCGGCUGGGGCUGAUAUCAAGGAGAUGAAGGAUAAAGAGUUUGCGGAUGCUUAUACGAGCAACUUUCUUGGGUCUUGGGCCGAUGUUGCGACCGCCCGCAAGCCCAUCGUCGGUGCCGUCGCCGGAUACGCCCUCGGCGGAGGCUGCGAGCUCGCCAUGAUCUGCGACAUCCUCCUCGCCUCCCCCACCGCCAUCUUUGGCCAGCCCGAAAUCACCCUCGGCAUCAUCCCCGGCAUGGGCGGCUCCCAGCGCCUCACCUCCCUCAUCGGCAAAGCCCGCGCCAUGGACAUGGUCCUCACCGGCCGCAAGAUUGAUGCGCAGACGGCGGAGAGGUGGGGGUUGGUUAGUAGGGUGACGGGGGAGGGGGAAAGUGUGACGGAGGAGGCGGUUAAGGUGGCGGAGGUGCUUGGGAGGUUUGGGAAGGUGGCUGUGCAGGCAGGGAAGGAGGCUGUCAAUGGAGCGCUCGAACUUCCUCUGGACCAAGGUCUCCGUCUCGAGCGACGUCUCUUCCAACAGCUCUUUGCGACCAAAGACCAGAAGGAGGGUAUGGCUGCUUUCGCCGAGAAGCGCAAGCCCGUCUGGGAGGACAAAUAG